AUGAAUUCCUAAGAAAGAAUAUAUAUUAAAGCUUUAGUCAGAAAAACUAAAAAGAUAAUUGAAAAUAAAUCUAAGCCCAAGCCAAUCUCAGAUGAAGAUAAUUAUGGACUAACAGAUUUUGAAAUAAAUUCUGAAGAAUAUUAUUAAGAAUUUCAAGCUCUAUCAGAAGAAUUCUCAGGGAAAUGCAUCCUUUAAACAUUUGACCAAUCUGAUGAAGAGAGUUUAAAUUUAAAAAAGAACAGAUCUGGUGAUAAUUAAUUCUCUCCACGAAACCAAAUCAUUUAAUCAGAAACAGUCCCUUCAGAUAACAAAAUUUUCGAAAAAUAAUAGAAUUAAGAGAUGGAGGGUGAUAAUUUGUCAACAGGAACUUUAUCUGAAUCAAAUAAAUGUUAUGAUUUUAAUAUUGAUCCCCUCUAAGUUGCAUAAGAAGGAGAAAUAGAUUAUUUGGAGGGUUUAAGCAACCUUUUAAGAACCGUUGCGACAAAAUAAAAAAAAUAAUAAUGUUAAAAAAAAAAGAACCAAGUAAAACAAUCGAGCAGACUACCGUAAAUAUUCAAACAAAUUCUCAAGAGUAGUCGAACCUGA